UUUAUCCUGAUUUAGAUUUUUAUGUGAAGUACCAGUUCAGCGGCGGCGGCAGCAGCGACUGCAGCAGCUACAGCGGGUCUGUGGGUUCGGUUUGUGGCUGUGGACCGGCACGGAGAUGGCGGAGUACAGUCAGACGGGUAUAUUAACGGCCCUGCUGCUGUUCACAGUGGUUACUGUGAAGGAUAUUUAUGUGGGCCGCAACAGCGUGACUCAACAGGAGAAUACUGGACCCGACGUAAACACGCAGAGACAGAAUAAACACACGUUCUACACGGGACCCGUCCUCAAGUUCCAGUACUGUAUUUCCUGAGGGUACAGUAAGGUGUUCCAGGAGUACUCCCGGUCUAUUAGCCAGCUGUACCCGGACAUCCGAAUCGAGGGAGAAAAUUAUCCUCCCAAACCUAUCAACAAAUAUAUCGGAAAUUUCAUUUCUUAUUUUAAAUUGCUUGCCAUCGCUUUGAUUGUGACUGGACAGAAUCCUUUCCAAAUGUUGGGAAUGAACACUCCAAGAAUAUGGGCUUGGGGGCAGGAGAAUAAGAUUUUCUCCUGCCUCAUGGCCUUUUUUAUUAGUAAUAUGCUAGAGACCCAUUUCCUCUCAACAGGAGCUUUUGAGGUUGCACUGAAUGAUAUCCCAAUUUGGUCCAAGUUGCAAUCGGGAUACGUACCCAACAUUCAGGAGCUGUUCCAGAUCUUAGAUAACCACCUUAAGAUGAAUCAGGCCGACAAGAUGAACUUUCCUUCACCGUAGUGCUGUUGUUUUUGCCAAGAGACAUGUCUCCGGAGCUGUUUGGCCGGUCAGCGGGACUGUGGACUGUGGCAUAAUGAAGGCCUGCGCUGCAAACAGCACACUGUUGGCACAGGCUGGAUGCUCAGCCACCACACACACUCCUCCUGCCCAGCGACACACACCUCUGGAUCGACUGCAUCUCUUCAGAGCAACAAACUACACACAUUCAUAGUAGGAAAGUCUCGCGUGAGCUAAAGGCACUACGGUUCUUACUAAAUGCUGAAGUUGCGCCACAUCCAGGUGUUUUUUGUUAGAUUUUUUUUAUUGUCGUUAUUUGUGUUGGUCAGGGGUAGCUUUGUAACAAGUGCUUUCAACUGAAAUCGAAUCUCAAGGGCAAAUUUAAUGUUUUUUUAACAUAGGUUUAAGUCUUAAAAUGACCUUUAACAGGGUUAUUUGUUUGCACUGGUGUAGAUUGUACUGUACUCGGGGUAUUUGCCUUUUUAAUUUAGCGGGAAUGCAUUUUUCUUUUUAUAAUAAUGCUUGAAAUUGUCUAUUUUGUUUGUCACAGGUUGUCUAGCUAGAUUCAUAAGUGCAGCAUGUGCUUUCAGAGGGAAUUAAGGCCAGAUGUUUUUAUUCUGCUCAAUCUUUAAGUGUGUAUGUUAGCACUGCCAGUGGAAUCUGUGAAUGAUCUUCAAAUGACUGCAGUCGUCUUGAUGGUGUGAGUGAUGCAUAUUAGAAGAUGUGAAUGGUAAUUCCAGAGACCCACCCCCUCUAUUUUUUCAGCUCUUUCCAUGUAGAUGUGGCGGUAAGCAAUGUACCCUGGUAUUUAGGUGUACCUCUGUGAAUUUGUUACACGAGUGAUACAGUAGUUGGGAUUAAGUUGCAUUGAGAGAAGACAUUUUACUUCAUUUCAUAGUGAUGUAAAAUAAAUAUUGAUAUGUUAAA